AUGGACAAUGUAGCCUUUUUGAUCACCGUGGCCGUCGUCUAUGCCUCUGUGAUUUGGUUCCUUCCGGUUCCGAUUGUAUUCAACUGGAAGCAUUUGUUCCCUGGAGCACCGUCGCACUCCACAACGGAUGCAACCGUGCAAGCACUGCUGCAGGAGCACAAAAAGAAUUGGCCGGAUUGGAUUCCGGUGUUCACAAGAAGUGGUGAAGCUUACCUCUUGCUCUGGCUUGUGUCCACAGCUUUCUCCAUAGCUUUUUCAAUGACACAGGUGGAUAUGCCGAGGCAGAUCGGGCACGUCAAUGGCGUGGCCUAUGUUGGUAUUUCGUUGUUUAUAGGAGAUCCUUGGUUUGGACUUGCUGCAUAUGCAGCGUGCUGUCCACUGAAGUUGGUACUUGCAAGUCGCAGUACGUUUUUCACGGGGGCGACGGUCGAGCUUGUCAAGGAGCUCCUGUGGUGCCUGACAAAUGAUGUUGUAACAUGCAUUUUCGUUUUUUCCAUCUUGCAGCACAUCGACAUUCUUCUCAGCAAUGUACUACAGACCACUGUCGAUUUGGAGCACCAGAUUCGUGAGAGGGAGAAGAGCAUGCAAGAGAGAGGUCAUUUGCUGUCGGCCGCACGUCGCCUUCUGUCUGUUACAUGCGAUUGCUGCGAACAGCUUUCUGACAGCUUCGAAGUGAUGCAACCGUCUCAAAACGUUUUGGCUUUGUUGCACAUCAAGAACCCAGAGGAAGACUCCCAGCUUGACCCGGGCAUUUCGUCGUUGCCUCUGCGGCAGUUCAUCUGCGAUGAUGACCAGGAGCGUUUUGCGCAGUUCAUGACUGCCUCCCAUGAGUCCCAAGCAGCUUCAUCGCUGCACCUCUGCAUGAGAACACGUUCAGGGAGCCCCUUCGAGGCCCAGAUCUUCCAUGUUAAGAUCCCUGAAACCAAUCGGCCCCAUCUCAUCGGCAUCAAGUCCGCCGUCGCUGAGAUGACCAGCAUCCCCGAGCAUUCCAUCCUCGAAGCCCAGAGCGCCCCAGCGCCCAGCGGCGGCGGGGGCCCGGCUGGGCAGCGCGAGCUCGAGGAGCUCUGGUUCGGCGACCCGCCGGUCGGCGAAGGGCCGAAGAUUGCCGAGAUCCUCCUCACGGUGAACCCCUCCGAGGCCUACGAAGUGGAGUCGCUCGAGGUCCUCUUCUCCUCCAAAGGAGCAAAGCUGACCAGUUGGAUCAGCACAAGGAGCGCAUGCCUUGUGGAAGGUUUCCUCCAGCAUCAUCUGAACUGCUGGCAGCAUGCUGAGCAGUCGAUCGAGACGUGCAAGAAGGUGCAUUUCAGGGUUCCUGAAGUUCCCGCGUGCUUUACUGCCGGCGAAAUGUCGGUGGCAGAGAUACUUGAAGCCGAAACUGGCGAGGAUCUUCCACGCUCCAUGCGUUUGUUAUUGAGGAGCAUAUCGCAGCGGCAGAGUACUCGAUCCUGA